AUUCUCCAUUCACAUCUCCGUCUGAAAUCUCGAUUUCACAUUCCUUUCCCCCUUCGAGCAUUUCGUCGAACACUUUCAAAUCUAUCAAACAGUCCUGGUUCGUUUGGGUCUUCUUCUAGUUAUUUCUUAAUGGAAAUCACUCCUUUCUCAUUUCUUAAUCAAGAAGACAUCAGUCAUCUCUACAGUUUGUUCCAAGACAUGGAAGGUAGUUUCAGUGGGAACGCGAAUUUGAAAAAGCGGCGAAGAAAGGACGAUGAAGGUGAUAACAACAAGAAGAAUAAUAAUCAGUCCGAUAAGGAGGGAACCAAGAUGAGUACAAUGAACGACAUAAUCGCUUCGUUCAUUAUUUUGGACGACGAAGAGAAGCGAGCACAGAAUCAGUGGGUCAUUGAGUCUCAACAAGAUAGAGCCCUUUUCGAUGCAAAUUCGAAGCAGAAGAUUCAAGCUAUGAGUGACUAUCAAUCUAAUUUACAAACAUAUCAUUCGGAUUUGGAUGAGAUGGAUCAAUUGAGGACAAAGCGUGCCCGGAGUGCCGCCACCGUGGUUGCUGCAGCAGCUGCGGACAAUGCUGUCUCUGAAAAUCAGGCCCAGUCAGGUGAUGGCCCGUCCGGGUCGUCGGGUCAGCACCGCCGUCUGUGGGUAAAGGAACGGUCGAAGGCCUGGUGGGACCAGUGUAACCAUCCCGAUUUCCCAGAGGAGGAUUUCCGCCGCGCAUUCCGGAUGAGCAAGGCCACGUUCGACCUGAUUUGCGAGGAGCUCGAUUCGGCAGUAAUAAAGAAGAACACCAUGCUUCGUGACGCGAUUCCGGUCCGGCAACGCGUGGCGGUCUGUAUAUGGAGGCUCGCCACCGGUGAGCCUCUGCGUCUCGUCUCAAAACGGUUCGGAUUGGGGAUUUCCACUUGUCACAAGCUAGUCCUGGAGGUUUGUUCCGCAAUACACAGCGUUUUAAUGCCAAAAUUUCUCCAAUGGCCUGAUGAGAACAAAAUCAAGACGAUUAAGGAGGAAUUCGAAUCGGUGUCGGGAAUAGCCAAUGUUGGUGGAUCAAUAUACACAACCCACAUACCAAUUAUCGCUCCCAAGAUCAGCGUUGCUGCUUAUUUCAACAAAAGGCACACUGAGAGGAACCAGAAGUCUUCAUACUCAAUGACUGUUCAGGGAGUUGUUGAUCCAAAAGGGGUUUUCACUGAUGUUUGCAUUGGUUGGCCUGGUUCAAUGCCUGAUGACCAGAUUCUGGAGAAAUCUGCCUUGUUUCAGAGAGCCAAUAGAGGACAAUUGAAGGAUGUUUGGAUUGUUGGAAAUUCUGGGUUUCCUCUAAUGGACUGGGUUUUAGUCCCUUAUACACACCAGAACCUGACUUGGACACAACAUGCCUUCAAUGAGAAAAUCGAUGGGAUUCAAAAAGUUGGUAGGGAGGCAUUCAUGAGAUUGAAAGGGAGGUGGACUUGCUUGCAGAAGAGAACAGAAGUGAAGCUCCAGGACUUGCCAGUGCUUCUUGGGGCUUGCUGUGUGUUGCACAAUAUAUGUGAAAUGAGGAAUGAAGAGAUGGACCCAGAGCUCAGAUUCGAGCUUUUUGAUGAUGAGAUGAUCCCUGAGAAAAACCUGAGGUCUGCCACUUCAAUACAAGCUAGAGAUCACAUUGCUCAUAAUCUCUUGCACCAUGGCCUUGCAGGAACUUCUUUUCUGUAGUGUUUUUGUUUCAAUGAUAUACUCAGUUUUGGUUUGCUAGUCUAGUCUAUAAUCUGAUGUUUCCAUUGCCAUUCUUUCUAGUUAUGUUAUAGAGCAAUAAAAAGAUUCAAUUUUUUACCGA